AUGGGCAGUGGAAACAGCACCACGGUGACAGAGUUUGUCCUUCUGGGCUUCACAUCAAGCCCAGACCUGCGAGCUCUGCUCUUCGCACUUUUCUCAGUCAGCUAUGUCACCAUCCUGCUGGGGAACGCCAGCCUCCUGCUGGUCAUCCACCUCGAUGCUUGCCUGCACACCCCCAUGUACCUCUUCCUCAGGCACCUGUCCUUCGUGGACCUCUGCUACUCCUCUGCCAUCGUCCCCAAGGCUCUGAACAGCUUUGUGAUGGGAGAUGGGACCAUCUCCUUCCUGGGGUGCGCCAUGCAGUUCUGUGUCUUCGGCGGCAUGCUGACCACCGAGUGCUGUCUGCUGGCCUUCAUGGCCUAUGACCGCUUUGUGGCCAUCUGCAAGCCGCUGCUCUACACGGUCACCAUGUCCGAUAGGAUUUGCACUUGGCUCCUGGUCUGCUCCUAUGCCAGCGGCUUCCUGAACUCCUUAAUCCAAACUGGCUACACAUUCAGCUUGCCCUUCUGUGGGGCCAACCAAGUCGACCAUUUCUUCUGUGACAUCACACCCCUGCUGAAGCUCUCUUGCACCGAGACCCGGAGCAACAAGACCAUCAUCCUGGCCUCGGCCUGCGUCAUCGGUGUCAGCAGCUUCCUGACCACGCUGAUCCCCUAUCUGUACAUCUUCAUGGCCAUCCUCAGGAUCCCCUCCCCUCAGGGCAGGCGCAAGGCCUUCUCCACCUGCAGCUCUCACCUCACAGCCGUCUUCAUCUUCUUCAGGACUCUGAUCUUCAUGUACUUGCGGCCCAAGCCAAGUUAUUCUGCUCAGCAGGACAAAACUGUCUCUGUGCUGUACACCAUAGUGAUUCCCAUGGUGAACCCCAUGAUCUACAGCCUGAGAAAUAAGGAUGUUAAAGAGGCAUUGAGGAGAAGGCUUCCUGUCACAGUCAGUGGCUGGCGUCUUCCCACCUUUCCCUCCCCCAAAGAAUCUGGCCUAAGCAGAGCUUUCUAUAACACAUAG